GGUGGUCGCCUUCGGCCGGGGCCCCAUUCCCCAAAGCUUUAUAUUACUUGUCUUGGAAAUCGCCAGAUCUCCAAUUAUACCUAUGAUUUUCCUGGAUUGAAAAACUAGCCCUACCACCUGCGAGAGGUGUAGCCCAUGCUGUUCUCUCAGUUGAGGGGACCUUUAAUUGCACUAUCAUCUUAAUUAUUCCUUUUCUUUUUUUCCCCCCACCUAGGAGAAACUUAAAAAACAAAGUUAGACAUCCCCUUACCAUCAUUGUUAUUGCCAAGGUAGUUUGUAGCUACUGUAAAGACCAAAAGUAAAAGGAUAUUAGUAAUAACUUUAUGAAAACUUAGCAAAGUAAAUACACUAACAAGAUUUAAAAAUCAAACAAAGGCUUAUAAUGAAAAGAAAUUUUCCUGCCUUAUCCUUACCCAUUCCCAGUCUUUUUCCCCCAAGGUAACGACACUUAAUCAUAAUAACAAUGGUUAUUAAUAAUAAUCUCUUUAUGCCCAUCUCUUCUUGAUAUAAUAAUUUGACUUUAUUUCCUCCUAUUCCUUCAUCUUCAUAUUACAAUGUCUUAAAACUUUAUAAGGUGUUGUAAAAGUCAUGGUUAUUGUGUAAUGUAUGAAUGUUACGAAACUAACGAGUUUUUUUUUGUGUGAAUAAUUUCUAGCUAAUGUUUUUGAGGAGAGUGUAGUCAUCUGUUUCUGGUGAAGUGAUUAGAAUUUCAAACACUGACUUCAUGGAUUAACUUCAAAUGUGAUUAUGACUUCACUUUAGGGCAUGUGGAUUUAGAAGGAAUCGAUGAAAAUUAUGAAAUUAUCAGUGCCACUUUGGAUGUUAAAUCCAUUGUAUCAAACAUGAGCUGUGUGACUUGCCAAGAGGUCAGAGCCAUAAUUUGUUUUGUUUUGCUUUACAUGGUUUAAUAAGAGAUUUCAUGUACGUCAGAUGAUAUUUUUUCAUACUGCUUCAGAGAAAAGGGUAAUGCUAUGUAACUUUGAAGCUUUGAUAGUGUGCUUGUGUGUUUUGUUUUUCUCCCAUAGGCCAUUAUUUCAAUCAGAAAAGGAAACCACAGCCUGGCAUACGCACCAGAUUUCUACCUGCCAUGAUCAAGUGCUUGUCAGAUGAAGUACAAGCCAAACUGCGUUCUGGUUUGGCUAUAUGCUCCUUAGGCCAAUGUGUGGAGGAGCUUGCCGUCAACAGCAUUGAUGCUGAAGCAAAAUGUGUGGCAGUGAGGGUGAAUAUGGAAACCUUCCAAGUUCAAGUGAUAGACAAUGGUUUUGGGAUAGGGAGCAAUGAUAUAGACAAGGUAGGAAAUCGUUAUUUUACUAGUAAAUGCAACUCUAUACAGGACUUGGAGAACCCGAGGUUUUAUGGUUUUCGAGGGGAGGCCUUGGCCAGUAUAGCAGACAUGGCCAGUGCUGUGGAAAUUUCAUCCAAGAAAAACAGGACAAUGAAAACUUUUGUGAAACUGUUUCAAAAUGGAAAAGCCCUGAAAGCUUGUGAAGCUGAUUUGACUAGGCCAAGUGCUGGGACAACAGUAACAGUAUUUAACCUAUUUUAUCAGUUACCUGUAAGGAGGAAAUGCAUGGAUCCUAGACUGGAGUUUGAGAAGGUUAGGCAGAGGAUAGAAGCUCUUUCACUCAUGCACCCUUCCAUUUCUUUCUCUUUGAGAAAUGAUGUUUCUGGUUCUAUGGUUCUUCAACUCCCUAAAACCAAAGACAUAUGUUCACGAUUUUGUCAAAUUUAUGGACUAGGUAGGUCCCAAAAGUUAAGAGAAAUAAAUUUUAAAUAUAAGGAUUUUGAGCUUAGUGGCUAUAUCAGCUCUGAAGCCCAUUACAAUAAGAAUAUGCAGUUUUUGUUUGUGAACAAAAGACUGAUUUUAAGGACGAAAUUGCAUAAACUCAUUGACUUUUUAUUAAGGAAAGAAAGCAUCAUUUGCAAGCCAAAAAAUGGCCCUGCCAGUAGGCAAAUGAAUUCAAACCCUCGGCACCGAUCUAACCCAGAACUCUAUGGGAUAUAUGUAAUCAAUGUGCAGUGCCAAUUCUGUGAAUAUGAUGUAUGCAUAGAGCCAGCAAAAACUCUGAUUGAAUUUCAGAACUGGGAUACUGUUUUGGUUUGCAUUCAGGAAGGAAUGAAGAAGUUUUUAAAGAAAGAAAAACUAUUUGUGGAAUUAUCAGGUGAGGACAUUAAGGAAUUUAGUGAAGAUAAUGAUUUUAGUUUAUUUAGUGCUACUCUUCAGGAGCAUGUGUCCUCGGAUGAGAAGUGUGACCAGGUAAAUUUCCAAGAAGCAUGUAAUAAUAUUUUGGAUUCCUAUGAAAUGUUUAAUUUGCAAUCAAAAGCUGUAAAAAGAAAAACUACAGAAAACAUAAACACACAGAACUCUGGGGAUUCAGAAACUAUCAGAAAAAAUACAAAUGAUUCAUUUUUGCAUACAUGUGAAUCGGAUGGCCCAGGGCAUAGUAAAAUGACAGAAUCAACUUUACAAAACAAAGAUAGCUCUUGCUCAGCAUCAAGCAUCUUAGAACAAGAGAGAGCUGAAGCAUCUGGGUCAGGAGAAAAUGAGAAACAUAAAACAUCUUGCUUGGAACUUAACUCUUCAGAAAAUGCAUGUGGAACCAGUUCAGAAAUGUUUGCGAGCCCUUUUCAGACGUUAGGUCACUUUGAAGAGAAUGGAAAUGAUCUCGAAAUACAGAAAGUAAGUACUACUCUUCAUGUCAUGGCUGCGGACAUCCGGAAAAAUAAUAGAAUUCAGACCCAACUAGAGACAUUUAAAGGUGCUACUGAAAUCGGAUGCCAACCUCUGCCUUUUGAGACAACAUCACUGAGAGUACAUGGUGCUAAGAGGGAGGAAGAAAAAAGAAAAAAAGAACCUAGUAAUUGUGGAGGAAUAAAUGUUUUUAGUUAUGGGCAAAUUAAAUUAUGUUCCACUGGUUUUAUAACUCAUGUGGUACAGAGUGAGCAAACUAAACCAACUGAAACAGAACAUUCGUUUAAAAAUUGUGUUCAACCUGGUCCUAUGAGUGCCAAAGAAACGUUUGGAAAUAGAAUACACCAUUCAGUUGAGACUCCAAACAUGAAAGAUUUAACCAGCACUUUAAGUAAAGAAUUUGCUCAACUGCCCAACAAAAAAUUGUGCAGAACAAAUGUAAGUUAUAGGUCAGAGAACAAACCUAUACCAAAAACUGCAUAUACCUGGUGUAGUGGUAGUAAGAGAAAAGAUAAGUUGAUUGGCUCCUCCAGACCCAUAGCGCUUAAAAAACUAAGCUUAAAUUCACAACUAGGAUCUUUAGAAAAGUUCAAGAGACAGUAUGGGAAGGUUAAAAAUCCUCUAAAUGCCGAAAUGGAGGAAAACAAUAAUUCUGAAAUCACUACCAAUCUCAGUCCUCAAGUUGAACCUGACAUUCUACAGAGAGACAAAAACCACUUAGAUAACUUUAACAUGUGUAAAAUCACUGCUAUGAAACAUAAUGAUUCAAAUAGUAGGAGUCAACCAGUAAGUCACAUUCCGUAUUCAGAAAACUUUGUAUUCUCCAAGGAAGAAGACUGUUUACAACAACAGAUGCCUUGCUUUGGAGAAAGCGCUGUAACACUAAAGGAUCCAUCUCAUUUUAAUAGAAAACCUUUGGAUGUUGAGAAGUCACUUGAAUCACUAGCCUCUAAAUUAUCCAGAAUGAAAGGCUCUGAAAAAGAAACUCAGACAGUGGAGAUGAUGAGUCAUUAUAUUGAACUUCCCCAAUCAGAUUCCAGUAGGAAAGACAGUGACUUGUACAAUGGGUUAUCCCUGGAUUCUUAUAUGUCAUUCAAAAGUGAACCUAAAAAAACAGAGAGUGUUGUCCCAAUGUCAGACUUUGUCACACAGGAUAAUUCCUUCAAUAAAGAUAGUGAAACAUAUUCUAAUAACAGUACAAGAAAGAACUCUGUGAUAUCAGAAACAAAUUUGGCGUUACCCUAUAAUCAUUCUGCAGUUAAUAGUAAAGAUUCAGAUGCUCUUAUAGCUUCAGAACAGCAGGUGGGAAGUCCUAACUCUCUCAGUGGAGUGUUAAUGAAUCACAUAGACAAUUCCACAGCCAACACAAAUGGAACUUGUUUUCAGAGUGAGGAAUCUAUAGCAAGAACUUGUUCUGAAAAUGAAGAGUCAAACACAUGUUCUUUGGAUUGGCAGCAGCACUUUGAUGUAGCCCUUGGAAGAAUGGUUUAUAUCAACAAAAUAACUGGACUUAGCACAUUCAUUGCUCCUACUGAGGACGUUCGGGCUGCUUGUACUAAGGACCUAACAACUGUGGCUGUGGAUGUGAUACUUGAGAAUGAUACUGUGGAUGAUGCUGUUGGUAGAGAAUCACUUCAGUCUUUGUUCUCGGAAUGGGACAAUCCAGUAUUUGCCCGUUACCCAGAGGUGGCUGUCGAUGUAAGCAGUGGUCAGGCUGAGAGCCUAGCAGUUAAAAUUCACAACAUCUUGUAUCCUUAUCGUUUCACCAAAGACAUGAUUCAUUCGAUGCAGGUUCUCCAGCAAGUGGAUAAAAAGUUUAUUGCCUGUUUAAUGAGCACUAAGACUGAAGAGAACGGUGAGGCAGGUGGAAAUUUGCUAGUCUUGGUGGAUCAGCAUGCUGCCCACGAGCGUGUCCGUUUGGAGCAGCUUAUUAUUGAUUCCUAUGAGAAGCAACAGCCACCAGGCUCUGGUCGGAAAAAAUUACUCGCUUCCACUGUAAGUCCUCCACUAGAAAUAACAGUAACAGAGGAGCAAAGGAGACUCUUACGGUGUUACCACAAAAAUCUGGAAGAUCUGGGCCUUGGAAUUAUAUUUCCAGACACUAGUGAUUCUCUGGUCCUUGUAGGAAAAGUACCACUCUGUUUUGUAGAAAGAGAAGCCAAUGAACUUCGAAGAGGAAGACCUACCGUGACCAAGAGUAUUGUAGAGGAAUUUCUUCGAGAACAAGUGGAGCUACUCCAGACCACAGGAGGCAUCCAAGGGACGCUGCCACUGACUGUCCAGAAGGUGUUGGCAUCGCAAGCCUGCCACGGGGCCAUUAAGUUUAAUGAUGGCCUGAGCUUGGAGGAGAGCUGCCGCCUUAUCGAAGCUCUGUCCCGCUGCCAGCUGCCAUUCCAGUGUGCUCAUGGGAGACCUUCUAUGCUGCCGUUGGCGGACAUAGACCACUUGGAGCAGGAAAAACAGGUUAAACCCAAUCUUGCAAAACUUCGCAAAAUGGCCCAGGCCUGGUGUCUCUUUGGAAAAGCAGAAGGAUGUGAUACCAGGCAAAACCUGCAUGCAUCCGUGCCUCCAUGUGAGCCACCGUGAGAAUUACUGAUCUAUAAAGAACCAGAGGGACGCUGACUAUAUGCCUCUGAGCAGAGCGCAUAAAGAGCAGGCGCCAGCAGGUCCUGACCGAAGCGGCCCGGUGCGCCCGAGCAGCAUCUUCCCUGUCGGUCUUCCUUGAGCAGCUGAUCCAUCUAGUUGGGUAGCCAGAUGGAAGUCAAGCCUAAAGGCCCUUCAUUCCAUUGUAUCCAUGGAUACAGGCGGUUGCCCUUUAAUAUCUGCUUUUUGUAACUUAUUUAGGGAUAAAAUUUAAUAAUUAAUUGUCUAAUUGUCUGGUUGGUUU